AUGGCUUCUCAACCACCUCAAUGCACAUCGCAGGAGCCGCCAGCCAAAAAAAUGGUUUUCCUGCCUCAGAUGACCAACUCUUUGCCUUCCACAUCUACAGAUUUCCGCCGAGUGAUAUGGACGGGCCUUUACUCGCAGGUUGUCUUGAUGAAUGUCCCGGUCGGAGGCGACAUAGGCGAAGAGGUCCAUUCGGUAGAUCAGGUCUUGACGUUCACAGCAGGCAAAGGGCUCGCGAUCGUGGCGGGAGAAGAGCGAGGCGUUGUGGCUGGAGAUAUGAUUGUCGUACCUGCAGGUACACAACACCAGUUUAUCAACGUUGGUACUGUGCCUUUGCUCCUGUAUACUAUAUACUCCCCUGCGGAACAUAGGCCUACUACGGUCCAUAAGGACAAGGCUCAAGGAGACCGGGAGGAGGAUGAAGGGAUUGAUGUUCCCCCUCAGUGGGCUCUUAGAAGCAAGGAGGAAAACAAGCUGCUUGAAUAG